AAAACAGUACUGUAAAUUCUUUCUAUUUUCCAGCCCCAACGAAUUCACUUGCGACGACAAUGCCUGCGUCAGCGUAGACCAUGUUUGUGAUGGAAAAGCAGACUGUGCCGAUGAAAGCGACGAAGCAGCAUGCCUUGGUUCUUCACACAAUCGACCUUUCGAAGAGCCAAUUCUGACCAGAUCAAAAAGACAGUCAACGUGUUCAAAGCACCAAUGGCAGUGCAGCAAUGGCGAAUGCGUGAGCUUCGACGCAAAGUGUGACGGCGUUCUGGACUGUACCGACGGAAGUGAUGAGACGUUUGCACUCUGUAGGAAAACUAGAUGUCAAUCAAAUUGGUUCCGGUGCACAUACGGUGCAUGUGUGGACGGAACAGCACCUUGCAACGGCCAGAAGGAGUGUGUUGACAAUUCCGACGAGUUGUUGCCUCGGUGCCGGAAUGAAACUGAUGAAAUUAGAUUUCAAUUUACUUGCGACAAUGGCCGCAAGAUUCCAGCCUCGAGCCAUUGCGAUGGCAUCGACGAUUGUGGCGACGUGAGUGACGAGACCGUGAAAAGCUGCGCUGGAAAAAAUUGUCCCUCAUAUUUGUUCCAAUGCGCUUACGGAGCAUGCGUGGACGCGGGGUCGGAUUGUAAUGGGAUACAAGAAUGUGCUGACAAUUCCGAUGAGUCCGACGAACUCUGCAACAGAAUAGGCACUGGCACAAUUACCUCUACCACUACUAGACCAGUGUCAGGGGGCAAUUGUGUGCUGCCUCCUUAUCCUGAGAAUGGUCGUUACACUGUUGGGGGUGUACCCCAAGCCUCUCCAGGACAGUCCUUCAACAGUUUCCAACUGAAUGUGUCGUGUAACCCAGGGUACAACGUUAUUGGUAAUAGCACUGCAUUUUGCAUCGGUGGGUCGUGGUUUACGGCUCUGCCCCAAUGUGGCCGCUUCUGCAAGGUGAACCGGCAUCCUAGCGUGCAGUACCGCUGCUUAAUUUCCGAAGGUGAAAAUGGCGCUGAAGGCACUAGAGAAUGCAAUGAAUUGGAACCAUCGGGCACAAUAGUGCAACCUACCUGUCGAGCUCCAAACUACUACCACUCCGGACUCCUGGGCUUCAUGAAAUGCGUGAACGGCAACUGGGACCACGUCGCCACUUGCACACCAGGUUUGAUUAAAAAUGGUGUCAAUAUCACGAUUCUUAUAACGGACAAACUUGAAGUUCUUGUCAAUAAUUUGAUUUACUAUGAGCCUUUAUUUCCUAAUCCUCGCGAUAAAAAUGUACCUAACACGAAUGAUGAUGAAGGCAAUGAUGAAAUAGAUCCUGGUGAUUGGAGAAUUGGUAAUGGGGAGGUAAAGUUAAAUGUCGGCAAAUACAGUGUAGAAGUUAAAUUUAAUAGGAACCGCGGAGUUGCUCUUGAGAAGAAGACCCAGAGAUAGUAUUACCGAUAUCAAAAUUAAAGUUUCGUAAUCGAGCCUAUACGCAAUAUCAAUAAAAUAUGCAACAAACUGCCUGAGCAUAUAAAACAACCAUCUAAAGCAAAUAAAUUCAAUU